UUUCACCCUGCUAAAGGUCACUGCCCCCAGUGGUCUGUUAUGGAAUAUUAAUUUAAAAUGUCUUACAGGCACUACGUGAGAGCAAGAUGGCCGACGCGGCGGCCGGGCCUGGUGGCUCUGGAACGAGACCAGGAAGUAAGCAGUCCACUAACCCUGCUGAUAACUACCACCUGGCUCGGAGGAGGACUCUGCAAGUGGUUGUGAGCUCCUUGCUGACUGAGGCAGGAUUUGAGAGCGCCGAGAAAGCAUCUGUGGAAACACUGACAGAGAUGCUGCAGAGCUACAUCUCAGAAAUCGGGAGGAGUGCCAAGUCUUACUGCGAGCACACAGCCAGGACUCAGCCCACACUGUCGGAUAUCGUGGUCACACUGGUUGAAAUGGGGUUCAAUGUGGACACUCUUCCUGCUUAUGCAAAACGGUCUCAGAGGAUGGUCAUCACUGCACCUCCGGUGACCAAUCAGCCAGUGACACCCAAGGCCCUCACUGCAGGGCAAAACCGACCCCACCCACCACACAUCCCCAGCCAUUUUCCUGAGUUUCCGGAUCCCCACACCUACAUCAAAACUCCAACAUACCGUGAACCGGUGUCUGACUACCAGGUCCUGCGAGAGAAGGCUGCAUCUCAGAGGCGAGACGUGGAGCGAGCCCUCACCCGGUUCAUGGCCAAGACGGGCGAGACCCAGAGUCUUUUCAAGGAUGACGUCAGCACUUUCCCCUUGAUUGCUGCCAGACCUUUCACCAUCCCCUACCUCACAGCCUUGCUUCCCUCUGAGCUGGAGAUCCAGCAGAUGGAAGAGACAGACUCCUCGGAACAGGAUGAGCAGACAGACACAGAGAACAUCGCUCUUCAUAUCAGCACGGAUGGCCCCGGAGCUGAGAAGGAAAACGCUUCUGUCCUGCAGCAGAACUCCUCCUUGUCUGGCAGCCGGAAUGGGGAGGAGAGCAUCAUCGAUAACCCGUAUCUGCGCCCUGUGAAGAAACCCAAGAUCCGCAGGAAGAAGUCCCUCUCAUGAGCUGAGAAGGAAGCUGCCCUGUAAGUGAGAGGACACCGCUUUCCUGGGGCCUGAGAUCAGAGGGAAGAAGAAAGUGGCGCCCUUUUGGCCUUGCCUGGGCUGUGUCUUUUUAGCAGUAGCCUUCUAUGAAGGCCACCCUGUUUGCAAACAGGCCGGAGUCUGCUGGUGACUUCAUUAAUUCAUCACAGGACUUGAUUCCUUUGAAACCUAGAGGGCCAGGGAAAUUGUUAGGAAGGAAAGGGUCCCCUGCUCUGUGCCCUGCCGGGAAGAUUGCCAAGUGUAUCUUCCAGACCACCUGGAUCUCCCUCGCUGAUCCACAAGAAUCAUGGCACUGAUUUACAGCCCAGAAUCUCAUUCUCACUUCUCUACACCCGGGCCCAGAUCCCUGCUGAGCCGGUAGACAGUGACUUUGUAUCCCUCAUCAUGUUGGAAACAGACCCAUGCUGCAACUCUGAUCUGGGGCUGGCAGGAGCUAGAAGUACAUGGGUUAAUAGAGAUAAUGACAGUGACCAUCAGAGUAGCCUUGAAUCUCUGACCAGCAUUUGAUUAAAGCUGACCACAGUGGGGCCAUCCCACCUGGAACGUGUACCUCGGAGCACCCUUUUGGGAAGGAUUGAGUUGGUUCUCCCAGGACUUGAUAGAGGAGCCAUGGAUGUUAAGCACCAGGGAGAGAGCUUAGCAGCUGGGGGUGGGACUUGUUUUGAGGGCUAGGCUUAGCUGAGAAAUCCAGCUAAUGGUGGAAAGCCACAUUCCCACUCACUGGAGAGAGUGGGUUGAAGGUCCUGCUGAGUCCAUGUGCCUGUCAAGAAGCAAGUCUGAAUCCGCCCACUCCCACCUCCCUGGAGAGAAGACACCAUCCCUCACUUUCCCACUAAUCGUGCAACAUGAUACUCAAGGAAGAUACUGGGAAAGCUGAUAUCUUUGGCUCGUUUUGAAAAGAGGGAUUGAAAAACCAAAUCCAAGGAAGAGUGGCAGGGGCACAUGGAAAUUGACAUAAAGUGGAUAAGUUGUCCUUGGAUUGGAGUGCUGAGCCCACAUAUAAUUUUUCUCUCUGUACUCCACCUUGGC